AUGGCCUAUCCUUCUAUUUCAAAUGACUCAGUGCAAGGCGAUUUUAAGGGAACGUGCGACAAGAAGAAUCGUCGUCCUUAUAAUUGUCCCAAAUUUCUAGCUAUGACAACUAAGACUAGAUAUGAAACAGUAAAAUCAACAUAUUUAUGUACAAAUUGUUUGCGAAGUUAUCACAAAACCAACAAAUACAUUAGUCGCGGUUGCUCUAAAUGCGGUAAAAAACAUAACUCCUUGCUACACUUUGAGCAAAACAAAGAAUCGAAUGAGAAUCUUAUUCAGACCGAACGGAUGGUUAACGAAUCUACACCGCCGGUUAGAAGUUAUCAAUUAUUAAUCCCAUCAGAAGUCGUUUUAGCUACAGCGAUUGUAGAUGUCAUUGAUAAACAAGGACGGCAUCACCCCUGUCGCUUAAUGCUAGAUUCAGGCUCUCAGCUUCAUGUCAUAUCCGAGCCAUUCGCAGACAAGAUAGGCUUACGAAAAAUUCCUGCUGUCAUUCCACUUGAAGCAGUUGACAAUCUAUUAACUAGUAUUAAAUUCACAACAUCUACCACUAUUAAAUCUCGGUAUAACAACACCAAAUACGGUCUUUCUCUUUUCGUUGUAAACAACAUAAGUAACACAAUGCCAUCGUUGCCCAUUGAUCUUUCUUCUUUUGAUAUACCCCAGGACAUAGUGCUAGCCGACCCCAAUUUUCAAACUCCACAGGAAAUCGACAUGAUCCUGGUAGCUCAAUAUUUCUAUCAUCUUCUACUUCCCGGUAAAAUUUCCAUUAAACAACAUCCUGCAGUCCUACAAGAAACGGAACUCGGUUGGGUAGUAGCGGGAGGCAUCCGUCAAACUCGCGCUAAGUUACAUAAUAUUCAUUGCAAUUUCACAAAAAUGGCUCAGGUUCCACUUUUGUGGGAACUAGAUUCCGGGCGACCAAAACCUAAAUAUUCCCGAGUAGAAGGAGCUUGUGAGAAACACUACCUCGAGACGACAACAGGCGCUGAGAAUGGACGUUAUAUAGUCGCCUUACCCUUUAAUGAUAAAAGGGACUAUUUGGGAAAUUCUCGCGAUAUUGCAAUUAAGCGUUUCAGCCAUCUCGAGACUAAAUUAUCUAAGGAUUCUGAUCUAAAUAAACAAUACCGAGAUUGUAUCGAUAGUUAUCUAAAACAAGGUCAUAUGACUCCUUAUUCAGAAGAUUCUUCAUCAGAAGAAUUCCUCAUCACGCGGUUAUAA